CUUUGAAGAAACGGAAGUGUUGGGUGUUACACACAACCCUGUUGCCCAUUGACAAUUUAUCGAUGUAGUCAUUAAAAGCUUUACCAAAUAUAAUGGUUCGAACCAUGGAGGCGAUAAAAACUGUAUUUGAGAAAUGCACAAAAUAAUGAUUUACUGUGAACAUUAUGACUAAAUGCGUAUUGUGUGUAUGUUUCAUUCUCAUUUGCGGUGUCCGUCCGAGCUCAUCAAAACGGUAACACCAGCUCUUGCAAGAUGGCGUUGACUUUGAAGGUUUGCUGUGCAGAGCUGCUGGCAAACAUUUGGAGAUUACGACUAGAACCUCGAAGGAUUUCAUCAUUUAAACAGACAGGUCUCCUGUUCCCUUCCUUUAAAAGUCACCGAAGUUCUCAUUCAAUCAGCGGUCCAUCCAGUCUGGUACCCCUGACGUCUUUAUCCAGCCCUCCCUGGCCAGAGGUGAAGUCCAUCAGUUCAGAGGAGGAGCAGAGGCAGAACACAGCUGUGGUACAGAAGGUCAACAGUCUUAUUACCAAUGAGGAGUACGGGCGUCUUUUCGCAGUGGUCCAUUUUGCCAGUCGCCAGUGGAAGGUAACCAACGAGGACCUCAUCUUGAUUGAGAACCAUGUAGCAGCGGGGUGCGGAGACCGGAUCAGAAUGGAGAAGGUUCUGAUGGUUGGAGGAGAAAACUUUACACUCAUCGGGCGGCCAAUUAUUGGAAAGGAGUUGGUUAGGGUAGAGGCUACUGUCAUAGAGAAGACAGAGUCCUCUCCCAAGGUCUACAUGCAGUUCUGGAGGCGACACAGAUUCCAGCGCAAGAAGAUUAUCACUUCACCGCAAACAAUCCUGAGGAUAAACAGCAUAGAAAUGGUGCCCCGGCUAAAAUGAUUGUUAUUGCAAUAGUUGAUUUUUGGACAUGUUGAGAAUAAAUAUAUAAACCCCAGACAAAUGUGUGAUGUAUUUUUGUUUUGCUUGUCCAAGUAUGUGAACAUUAAAGGUUGGGUAUGGGAUUUGCGAAACGCCAGCAGAUUUUGAAAAUACUCAACUCAAAUGGUCCUACCCCUUCUCCUUCAACGCUGACUCUGACUCCACCCAUUC